AUGCAUCCUACAAGUACAAUCGCUAACUUCGAUGACGAAACAGCUCAAGUACUCAACAUUCUUAAAAAGUCGCAGGGCAAAAUUUGGGAACCUGAUGAAAAAGCUCUGGAGAAAAUCCUGAUGUCUAAAGCUGUAAAAGACAAAAAGGUAGCGGUAAUAAGCAUUGCCGGCCCCGCUCGUUCUGGAAAGAGUUUUUUGUUAAGUCUUUUGCUAGAGGUUGCGCAAGCAAAAGAGCGAGGUUUUUGUGAACGAAGAAGGAUGACAACGCUGGGCACUGGUUCAGGAUUCAGCUGGAGAGGAGGAACAAACAGGGAGACGUCAGGCAUAAAUAUGUGGUCCAAACCUUUCCUGCUGAGGAAUCUAGAAGGAGAAGAAAUUGCUGUUUUAUUAAUGGACACUGAAGGAUUUUUUGAUGCAAAGUCCACUUGGGAAGGGUGCGCAAGAAUUUUUGCCCUCUCAAAUUUAAUAUCUUCUGUACAGAAUCUUUUGUAUUUGGUACGAGACUGGACUGUUGAAUACGAGCACAGUUAUGGAUUUUACGGAGGAGAAACAUACUUGAGAAAAUUCACCGAAGGCUCUUCGCCAGAAAUUCAAGAAAUUUGUAGAAAUAUAGAGCAUUGUUUUGAAUCGUCUUCCUGCUUUUUAAUGCCGCAUCCAGGUCUCCAAAUUGCUAGAGCUAAAGAACCGUCUAAGUCUUUAGCUAUCGACGAGGAAUUUCGGAACUGUGUCCAGUUAUUAGCAGAAGAACUAUUUUCUGGCAAAUAUUUAACCGGGAAAAAGAUAGGUGGCUGUGAAGUAACUGGGAAAGAUUUGUUUAGUUUUUUCAUUGUAAGUUUAAAAAGUUCUACAGUUUUUCUUCUUUCUUCGCCGCGCAGUGAAAUUUUUUAUGUGAAAUGAUC